AGUACUUUGGGAGUUUAAAGCCACAGAGUAGAGAUGGACUAACAUGUUAUGGGUUUUGUUUUUUUCAUGGGAUUUGUUGACAAUAUGAAAUACACAGAAUAAAACAGCCUUGUCCUUUAAAGAGUCUGUUUCUUUGCUAAAAUGUGAAAACCCCUCAUGCAGGAGGGACUUCUGGGAGUAGGGACUUCUUGGAAAUGCUGUAAUUAGUAGAGUUCCUGUUUGUGUCAGUAAUGAUUUACACUGGGAUCAAUGUCCUCUGCGAGCAGAGCAGUCAGUAAAACCAGCAGCUGGAAGUGGUGAGGAUUUUAUAAAGAGGUGAACCUACUUUGCUGCAUCACUCUGUUGUUUUCCCAGCUGGAGGAAGCCAGUACGUGUGGAGAAUUAAGAUGCGGCGGAGCCCGAUGGUUGGAGGGAUGGGGUUGCCUGCUGGAUGCUUUGAAUGACUCAGAUGGAGUGCAUGAGGACAGUGAGUGAGGGAGGGAAGAGGGAGGGGGAGGAAGCAUCAGCAGAUUUUCUCCUGUGAGGGAGGAGUGACUGAGGGAAACCCUGCGCUUCACCCUCACCCCUCCUUCUACUGACAAUUGAAGGCAUAAAUUAACUUCCAUGCUGCUAUCCCGUCCUCCAUUGGCUGAGGGGCUUGUUCCGUGGCUCCACAGUCGGACCUGCCAGUAAGGGCUUCACUGAUUGGCCAGGUUUGGCUGCAGUGAGGAUGCAGGUUUCUAGAGGUUCUCUUUGCUGCAUUUCUCUGGCUGCUGAUACUGAGGCCGGUUUAGUAGCAGGUCCUGGUUGUCUGCUGCUGCUGUCAUCAUUUAAUCAGUCUCCAGAUGAGAUAUUUACAGAGUGAAGUUCUAGUUUGCUGAAUGGAAAACUAAUCAUGCCUCAGAAGUUACAUGGAAAGAGUUAGGAGAAUUUUUUUUUUUUAUUAUUCUGCUGUGUCGGAUUUCUGAGGUGCUGAGCGUGGCUCUGUCUUCUGAGUGGUUUAAAGAGAAAAAGCUCAGUAAGAAGGUGAGAAAGUGAGAUGCUGAGCUGCAGCAGUGAGGUGGAAGAAAGUGGAGGAGUCCUCUCUCUAGUCUCACGUCCUCGACUGACCUUUCCACACGUCUGCUGGCGCCGCUUCAACUCUUCGCCUUCGUCCGACAGACACAGUUGAGUGUCGUUGUUGUGUUUGAGUAGAAGCCAGCCACCCAGACGCAGUGAGCCCUGAUUUAAGGAUGCUGGAGAAAAUGUUGCGUUUUCUGAGCCAGAGCCUUUUUGGCAGCGCACAUUGUGAGCCUGCUGAAUCCGAGCAGCCGGGGGAGAAAGAAAGUGGAGCUACUGAAGCGCAAACUGCUCUCCAGGGAAAGACUGCACACUCCUCUGACAGUAAAGACAUCAGCAGGAGUAGUGUUACUCCAAAGAAGACCACAGUAUUAAUCAUGGUGGCACCACCUACUGAUCUCCAACAGAAAAUAGUGAAAGCAGGGGACAAAGACCUGGACGGACAGUUGGACUUUGAGGAGUUUGUUCAUUAUCUCCGAGACCACGAGAAGAAACUCCGCCUCGUCUUUAAGAGCCUGGACAAGAAGAAUGAUGGUCGGAUCGACUCACAAGAGAUAAUGCAGUCUCUGCGGGACCUGGGAGUGAACAUCUCUGAGGAGCAGGCUGAGAAGAUUCUCCGGAGAAUAAGGAGGGGCCGUAUUUGGGCCCCUAUCUUGUAUAUGGAUAAAAACGGAACAAUGACGAUUGACUGGAACGAGUGGCGGGAUUAUCACCUCCUCCACCCAGCGGGCAACAUCCCAGAGAUCAUCCUCUACUGGAAACACUCCACGAUCUUUGACGUCGGGGAGAGUUUGAUGGUGCCUGACGAGUUCACGGCAGAGGAGAAGCAAACAGGAAUGUGGUGGCGACACCUAGUGGCCGGAGGAGGAGCUGGGGCCGUGUCUCGGACCUGUACAGCACCACUGGACAGGCUCAAAGUUCUCAUGCAGGUUCACGCCUCCAAGAGCAACAGCAUGCAUAUCGCUGGCGGCUUUUCCCAGAUGAUCCGAGAAGGCGGUGUGAGGUCACUGUGGCGAGGCAACGGCAUCAAUGUCAUCAAGAUCGCCCCUGAGUCUGCUAUUAAGUUCAUGGCCUACGAGCAGAUUAAACGACUGAUAGGAAGUAACCAGGAGACACUGGGCAUCGCAGAGCGGCUGGUGGCCGGCUCCCUGGCUGGAGUCAUUGCUCAGAGCAGCAUCUACCCCAUGGAGGUCCUGAAGACACGGUUAGCCCUGAGGAAGACGGGUCAGUACUCAGGCAUCUUGGACUGUGCCAAACAUAUCUUCCAGAGGGAGGGUGUGGCCGCUUUUUACAAGGGCUACGUCCCCAACAUGCUGGGCAUCAUCCCCUACGCUGGCAUCGACCUGGCUGUCUAUGAGACUCUGAAGAACUCGUGGCUGCAGCGCUACGCCACAGACAGCGCUGACCCCGGAGUGUUUGUUCUUCUGGCCUGUGGCACCACCUCCAGCACAUGUGGUCAGCUCUCCAGCUACCCACUCGCCCUGGUCAGGACUCGAAUGCAGGCACAAGCCACCCAGGAAGGAGGCCCUCAGAUGAGCAUGACGGGCCUGUUCAGACAUAUCGUCAGGACCGAGGGGGCCACGGGACUCUACAGAGGCCUGGCCCCUAACUUCAUGAAGGUCAUUCCAUCAGUCAGCAUUAGCUACGUGGUCUAUGAGUACCUGAAGAUCACCCUGGGGGUCCAGUCCAAGUGAGGAGGGAGGAAGACAGAAGAAAUCCAGAGGCUACAGGCUUCUUCGCUUUUCUUCUGGAUCUAAGAAACAAGCAGCUGAAAUUCUCCACAUUUAAAACAUUCAAUUCAAAGUCCAGAGUUUAAAGGACAAAAGUGAGAUGAUGUAAAUGAAGAGGAAUGAGAACUGACGAGGACGAUGAAGACUUAGUGGAAGGAGGAAAUCUUAACUGAAGCAAUUACUAUGGUUUGCUGUUUUUUUAAUCAUUCCUUUAGCAAUUCAGAAGUCCAGCACCUAUGGUUGCCACGGUAACUAGGUGUUCAGGCUCGCAUGAUUACAUGACUUCCCACAAUCAUUUUUCUUUUUUUUUUCUUUUUACAGACAUAAAAUCAUUUGAUUAAUUUCGACGUAUCAGUGGUAGCUCCUACAUUCACCAAAUAAAAUACUGAUACUAGUUAUUAGUACUGAGUGGGAGGCUCCCAUUAUAACCUGAAAGGGUCACUUCACAGAGUAGUGGAGUCUGAUCAUGUGACGACAAGACGAUGGCGGAGGAUUCAGUGUCGAAGCCAAAAGCAAAAGCAUCUACCUGGGAAUCUUUUGGAUUUAAAUCCAGUGUCAGAAGGGAACCUGGACAUGAAUGAGCCCGGCACACUGUGUCUGGAGGAAGCAGCAGCUGGUAACACUUCUGAUCUACAGAUGCUGAGCCGACACGUGUUCGGUGUAAUCUGUAACACCGGUGUCGUCACCGGUUUAUCACCCAGUGGGAAAAUUUGCACAGCCUAUCAGCACCUUUUGACUUUGUUUAGGAAAACACAAGUUUACAUUGAAUUCAUUGAACGUUUACUGGUUUACUGGUGGACCAGUAAACACCUUGUACCAGUUUGGGCACUGACACUGACAGUGGUGUGGCAGGUCGCAGUCUUGAAGGGCUUUAGGUUUAUCAUAAAGCAUUCCCCAUGUCUCUCAUCACUGACUGUGACACUGAGCAGAGGUGGAUCUAACAUCUGCAGGUGUGUAAAUUCCCUGUGUGUGUUUAAUGUGCUCCGUCAUGUUCGAUCUGUCCCUCAGCUUUCUUCUGUGCUACCCUGCAGCAGCCCUGUUCUGCUGCAGGGUUCUAACAGCUGAAGACAGACUUCAGUGCGGACUGAGAAACUCUGUAGUGCCAUCAGGACCGUGCAUUAAGAAACAUUAGCUUUCAGUGCCUGGGCCUCAUAUACGGUCUGAUAGAUGAGGUCAUGCAUAUAAAACAAAACCACAACUAAACUGUCACAGAUACUUGAUUCUUAAACAUGUGGUGAAACUAGCAAAAAUGUUUUUUCCGAUUUUUACAGUUUUAUUUCCUUGAUCUGUUUUCAAACUUCUUUGGCAGCCAUGUUUGCGCUCGGAGGGUGAACCUCUCCAUCACUCCAUCACUCUCCUCAGGCCUACAUGUGAAUUGUGUCAUGAUAUCGUCUAAACACAUUAAUGCUUCCAAAGGGAUGAAUCUUCAGUUGAGUCACCCUCUUCCUCCAGUGCCGCCUUCGCACUACCCACAGCCUGCCUGUGGUAAUGAUCCUGGAGUAUCACUGUUGUCUUGUUGUUUGUUCCGUCCAGUACAUCUGUGCUGGGCGGCGUUGUGAGCGUUGCAGUUUGUGAAGAAGGUACUGAUCCAGGUUCAGUUGUGCUUUUCCAAAAACUGAUAGAUUUUAAAUACGAAGCUGAAGAUUGGGUGGAGGCUGAGCUGUCGGACUGUCAGAUGUCGUGCACUUUGCUGGUGCUUGAUGUUGAUAUAUAGAGCAGUGUUCCUACACGCUGAGUGUUGCAUUGGGCACAGUCACUCAGUUAUGGUUGGUGCCAUUUAAGCCAGACGCUGAACAGCACCCUCUGUGGCCACAAGAGACAAUUACAGAAUAAUAACAUUGAGUUUCCUCUGGAGUCGGUUACAUCAGCAGCUUUACAGAGCAGGAACCAGCACGUCUCCUGGUGACCUUCAGUCUGUUUACUUCUUGUGGUAAACUGCUGAAAUGUUAAAAUGUAGUGUAACAUUAGCACAUUAAUACAGAGGCUAUAAUGUCAGUGAAGUGACACAGUCACACAGUGUAUCCAUCUAAAGCCUUCUAACAUUUACCAGACCAGGUACAGCUGCAGCAGCAAAUCCCCUCAGUGUGUUUUGUUUGUUAUUAAUUAGAAUGUAUGUGGUCGGGCUUUAAUGUCAUCUGCUGGUUUGGUUUAGGUUUUGACUCUGUUGUUUAGCAUUUAGCUGCACACUGAGUGAAAGCAACAACAGAGGAAAUACUGACUGAAGGUGUGUGGCUACCUUCCACUUCAGGGCCGAUUAUAAUAGUGAGAGAGGAUUAGAAAGGAGAAGGAAAACUCUACACUCCCUACCAAACACAAGACUGAGUCCUUUCCAUAAUUAGACAUUUUUCAUGAAGCAUCAGUGUGUUCACCUGUGAAGAAGGGCUCCUGCUCCAUUUUUACUGGAGAUGCAGCUGAAGCAGGCAGAAGCCGUAAUCACAACAUCUUCUGGUUUUGAAAAAUGAGAAAUGAAACUUCCGUCAGGAAGGCCAGUUGAUCCUGGUUUUACAAAAACAGGUGAUUAAACUUGAAUUUUUCUUCUUUUUUUCUUUGCAUUUGAUAACAUUAGUCUGAGGGCUGUCAGAUAGAAAAUAUCUGAGCCCAAAAACUGGGCAUUUUCCCAGUGUCAAUUAGAACAAGAAAAAUAAUAUAAUAAACAAUGAUAUGUAAUUGACAAAAUUAUUAAUUUUGAAAACUCGUAUGUGUUUUCACUCACCACAGAGUUACUCUCAUCAAACAUCACAAUGAUCUUAUUUUGCUUUGGCAGCAUCUUUUCAGUGCUGACAGUAUAAUACUGUGACAGUUCAGAGGUUAACGUCUCUCUAAACUGUACACAAGCUUUAGCAUUCACCUCCAUUCCUCCUUAACUCCUGUACAAUAUAUCAGUUAUGUUUUUUAAUCAGUUUCUUUUUAUUAAAUCAAUGUGAAGCAUCGAGAGAAAACAUGUAUUUGUGUUGUCUACAAGGGAAACUGUCUGACAAGGAUUUAUAUUGUAUAUUUCUGUUAGUUUGUUUAAGUCUGAUCUUUAAGGAAUAUUUCAUCACCAUGUUGUCUUGUACGAUGUAAAUCAACACUCCUUUAAGUCACAUGGUAAGACAGCCAAUCAGAGGAAGCGCUUCCAGCCUGACUGAUGUCUGUGUCACAGAUUCCCAUCAGUGCCUUGUGUGCCAAGCCUCUCUGAUGUAAAUGCACCUGAACACUAUAAGAGCUGGGGUCUGUGGGACACUGAAUGCACUUUAAGGUACUCUGCUUUAAUUCCUGUUUUUGUUUUAUUUAUUACUGUAUUUAUUUAUUUAUUCUGUCACAAAGGAUUAAGGACUGAAUGUGUGAUCUAUCGAUUGUACUGAAUCAUUUCAUUUUUAUGUGGCUGUUUGAUUUUACAGUAACCUGUGGAAAACUGAGGCUUGUUUUUGAGUGAUAGAUACGGAGGCCCAAAGUGUCCAAUAUUAAAGGCAGUAUGCCAUUUUAUGCCCCGAGGGGUUUCUCAAUCAAAAAAAUAACAAAUGAUGGAGUUUGAUGAAUUUGUGAAGUCGCAGGGGAUCAUAGAUAUGAUUUUUAUUUGAUUAUUGAUUUUUCAAAAUGUCCUUUUUACAAAUGGAAGUCUGUUUUUAUUUCAUCAUGGCAGUUUUCCCAAUAACACUUUUAUGUACUGUGUAGUUUUAUUUCCUAAUGUUACUUUACAUGUGGUGUCCUCUCACCUUUCACAUACCCCCAUCCUUUCUCCAAAAUUUGGCCAGUUAGCACUUGUUAGCUAAAGUCAAAUUCGACUGUGUGGCUGCUGCUGUAAAUAAAAAGUGCACAGACACAUAAACGAAUAUCUUCUUGUAUUUAUUCAGGGUAGAAAGGCUGUUAAUGCUACCUGUCUAGCUGACUAAGCAGCUAGGUCAGCAAUUGAUCUUAAAUUAUUACUCGGCUUCAAAGUGAAGAGCCAGUGUUAGCCGUGUUAGCUAGCUCCUGUUAGCUCGAGCGACCACAAAGACAGUCUUUUCACUCUUCAGAGUUGUGUGUCUAUAGCAUCAAAACACUGCUGAGUUAACUCUGCUAACAUUAGCUGCUCCUGUUAACACUGUGUCUUCACUUUGAUGCUGAAUAAUAAACCAAGCUCCCUAACUGCAUCCACCUAGCCAGCCAGCUAGGUAGUUAGCAUGUGCAGCCUUAUUAAGCUAAAUAAAUAAAAGGAGAUAUUAGUUUCUGUGCCUGUGCACUGUGUUGAUUAUAACAGCCGCCUCUAGCUGGUUGAUUCACAAUUUCUUUGACAUUGUAGUUGCUCAGGCCAACAGGAGCUAACUGGCUAAAUCUAGUAGCAGUUGUUUAGCUCACUAGCUUAAUAGCGAGAGGACUGUGCUUUGAGGAAAAAGGAUAUUUUGACCACAGAAGAACUUGUUAAAUUUUGUCGCAGAUGCAGAUCAUUUAAAAAGAAUUUGGAUUUUUUUUUAAGGAUGGUGUAUGCUGAUUGACAUGCAUUUUGGUGCAGGUUUACAAAUUAUUGCUUUAUUUAAAUAUUUUACACAAUUUAUUAAUGUGGUCAUUUAUUUUAGAAGUACUGAUUUUGGGUCUCCGUGAAAAGAUUCCUCCGAUUUCACAUCAGUUUGUUGCGAUGAUAAGACAGGAAGCGUUUCAGCUGCAAACACUGCUCAGGCUUAAGCACAGCUGACUGUAAAGAAUAAUCACAACCAGUGACAGAUAUAAUCUGAACAGGAUCUCUUCAUACUGAAUGAAAUGUAUGUUGUGGAAAGCACGGUAAUAAAAAGGACGGAUGUAUUCAUUAAAAGGCCAGCUCCCCUGCUCUGCAAAGCAACAGUCUGUGCAUGUCUCUGGUAGGACUGCAGUCGCACACGUUGGACUGUGCUUGUGACCUUCAGAAUACCAUGCUGCUUUCGUCAGCUGCCUUACUCCAGUAUCACAUCUGCUUUUGAACUCACGCUGUGUCUUAGCAGCAGGUGGAGAAGAGAUGAUGGGCUUACGUUUGCUCAUUUGACUGUUGAUCCUCUUUCACAGGUCCAUCCCUCUUUCCUCCUCUCGCUUCCUGGCAUAAGUGUUAAUCUGACCCCUUGCUCUGAUAUCAUAUAUGCAUAAAUUAGUGACACAGAAUGAUGUCACCCUGUGGCUGCGUGUAAAUGUUUUCCAUAUUUUGUACAGUAAAAAGUAACUAAUGUCUUAAAAGUAGCCCUUACUGUACGUUGUACUGACCAACCAACCUGUACAGGAACUACCAGACUAUACAAACCAGAGGCUACAAUGUAUAUUGGUAAAUGAUGGCAUAGUUUUCAAAAUGUAUUCAGUAUAUAUUUCUAUUUUAUUUUAAUAUGCUAGCUGUAAGUGACAGAUGCAAGAAUGAGUAUGUGAGUGCUUUUACAGUAGCUUGUGUAGAUGCAUCCAUUGAAAGAAUGUUAUGGUGAAAAGAAUAUUUAUGCUUGUAUGAGAUCAGCUGUUAAAUAAACUAGUUCAGCAUUGAA